AUGUCAAGAAGACAGGGUGGUAUCAACUAUGCAGAGCUAGAACAAGGAAACUAUUCUGACGAUGCAUAUAGUAGUAGCGAUGAUGAUGGAGCAAGAAAGUCCAAGUCUAGAGCCAAGCCCAAGGGCAAGAAGAAUGCAGAUGACGAUUACUCAUAUGGUAGCAGACCCCAAAAGAAGAAGCCCGCAAGUAUUACUCCCGGCGCUACCGCGUCCUCUUCAGUACUGAAUGCCGACAACGCCAAGAGAAGAAAGAUUCAGGAAAAUGUAGAUGCGAUCAAGGAAGGACUCGAUGAUAUCGAGUACUCGGACGAUGAAUUGAUCAAGGUCAACCACGAACUACCAGCUGACUAUAUCCCCGACGCUGUAUCCAAGCUAUUCGGGAUUGCAGAUUUUUCAUACUUGAAGUUGAAACCUGACCAUUUUACCCGUCCAAUUUGGGUUUCUCUUACAAACAAUAAGAUCAUUCUUGUCUUGGAAUCAUUUUCACCUUGGGCAGAGCAAGCUCAAGAUUUCCUUAUCAACAUUGCAGAACCAGUUUCAAGACCUUCCCAUAUACAUGAGUACAGAAUUUCCACUUAUUCUCUUUAUGCUGCGGCAUCUAUUGGUUUACAGACCAACGAUAUAAUUUCGGUGUUGGAAAGAUUCUCCAAGAUGCCUGUAGCUCCGGCUAUCAUUGAAUUCAUCAAGAUGGCCACCAUGUCCUAUGGUAAGAUCAAAUUGGUGUUGAAGCAGAACAAGUACUUCGUAGAGCUGUCGCAAGCUGCUAUCUUACAGAUGUUGUUGCAGGAUCCUGUAAUCGGGCCCUUGAGAAUUCAAUCCAGUGAAAAUGUGGUAAACAGUAAUGGUUUGGUCCAAUCGGCUGCUCCGACAUUAGGUGAUUUACAGAUUCCUGGAACGAAAAAGCCAGACGCCAAUAAUAAAAACGGUAUUGACAAGGAUAAGGGAGUAGAGGACAUUUUUGCAGACAUCGUUGGACAAAAGAAAGUCGAUGAAGACUACGAGGAAGACGAGGACUUUGAUAAGGUUCACUCGUUCGAAAUUGCCACCGAAUCAGUGGAAAUCGUUAAGAAGAGAUGUCAAGAGAUCGACUAUCCCGUACUUGAGGAAUAUGAUUUUCGUAACGAUGAUCAGAACCCUCCCCUAGAAAUCUUCUUGAAGCCAUCCACUCAAAUUAGACCAUAUCAAGAGAAAUCUCUUAGUAAAAUGUUUGGUAACGGUAGAGCAAGAUCAGGAAUUAUUGUUUUGCCAUGUGGUGCUGGGAAGACUUUGGUUGGUAUCACUGCAGCUUGCACAAUCAGUAAAUCGAUUAUUGUGCUAUGUACGAGUUCUGUGUCCGUGGAGCAAUGGAAACAACAAUUCUUGCAGUGGUGUACGAUUCAACCCGAAGAUGUUGCAGUUUUCACAUCUGAAAAUAAGCAAAUGUUCAGCGGAGACUCUGGGUUAGUUGUUUCUACAUAUUCCAUGGUUGCCAACACAAGAAACAGAUCGCAUGAUUCUCAAAAAGUUAUGGAUUUCUUAACUUCUAGAGAAUGGGGGCUCAUUAUAUUGGAUGAAGUCCAUGUGGUUCCGGCUGCCAUGUUUAGAAGAGUGGUUACUACUAUCGCUGCACACGCUAAAUUGGGUCUCACUGCUACGUUGGUCCGUGAGGAUGACAAGAUUGAUGAUUUGAAUUUCCUCAUUGGCCCAAAAUUGUACGAAGCUAAUUGGAUGGAAUUGGCACAAAAGGGCCAUAUUGCAAAUGUUCAAUGUGCAGAGGUAUGGUGCCCCAUGACCUCAGAAUUCUAUCAAGAAUAUCUUAGAGAAUCGGCAAGAAAGAGAAUGUUGUUGUAUAUUAUGAACCCAACUAAAUUCCAAGCAUGUCAGUUCUUGAUUCAUUAUCACGAAAUGAGAGGUGAUAAGAUCAUUGUUUUCAGUGACAAUGUCUACGCAUUGCAAGAAUACGCCUUGAAAUUAGGAAAACCUUUCAUUUAUGGAUCCACUCCACAGCUGGAAAGGAUGAAAAUUUUACAGAAUUUCCAGCAUAAUGAUGCCAUUAAUACAAUUUUCCUUUCCAAGGUUGGAGACACCUCGAUCGAUCUUCCCGAAGCUACUUGUUUAAUUCAAAUAUCGUCGCAUUACGGUUCCAGAAGACAAGAAGCACAGAGAUUGGGAAGAAUCUUAAGAGCCAAGAGAAGAAAUGAUGAAGGGUUCAACGCCUUCUUCUAUUCGUUGGUAUCAAAGGAUACCCAAGAAAUGUAUUACUCGACCAAAAGACAAGCAUUUUUGGUGGAUCAAGGUUAUGCAUUCAAAGUAAUUACGCAUCUAAGUGGAAUGGAACAAUUGCCCAACUUGGCAUACUCAUCUGCAAGAGAGAGAAGGGAAUUGUUACAGCAGGUGCUAUUGAAGAAUGAAGAUGCUGCCGGAGUGGAAAUUGGGGACGAUAUCGAUACAAACUUUAUUUCGAAGGAGAGAAGACAGAAAUUGGAGGCUGCUAACGGAGGCAGCGUUGCCAGCAGAACCUCAGGAUCAUUGGCUGGGUUAGCUGGUGGUGAGGAUAUGGCAUACAUUGAGUACAGUAAGAAUAAGAAUAAGGAGCUUAAAGAACACCAUCCAUUGAUUCAAAAAAUGUACUACAAAAAACAAGGCAAAUAA